UCCUUAAACAUAAUAGGCAUCAGACGGAGACGACGACGGCAGCAGAAACAGCAGCAGCAGCAGCAGUGAUCGCAUAAAUACACAAAAUAAUUUUUUUUGAAGAAGGAAAAUUAUUGUAUCUACUGUAUACACGGGUCGUGUAUGUGUUGGAAAAUAUAUCCAAGGUUUAACUGAAAAAAGUGGAUUUUUUCCGUAAAACAAGAGCUGAGCAAAAUUAAUUAAUUAAAAAAGUGGAUACGAGUGAAAAAAAAAUUUCGAAAAAAAAUUGAGGAACAAAAAUCCGAAAAAAAGGAAUUAUUUGCUCAGAAAAUCGUUGUGACUAUAAGCGUGCUGUGUGUCUAUGUAUGCACAACAUCGUGUAGGGAUUUGAUGAACAUUUGAUUUUCCUUUUAUGGCUGCAGAAGCGGUUAUAUAAUCACCUGUACAAAAUAUAUUUUUUAUCCUCUCGACAGCUGAAAACGGGAAUAAUUUCGUUUAUUUGAAUAAUUUCGUAAAAGUUGCCGUUAAUUAACUACAAAAAGUUUCCCAAAAAAAGAAAAACGCAAGAAAAUUGCCAUUGUUACAUAAUUUUGAUAUAACGAAGAAAAAAACAUAAACGAACAAUAAACAUGAUGUCUAAAACAUAUUUAGCAUUAAUUGCUUUCGCAAUUGGAAUUUCAGCUUCAAAUGCUCUUCUUUGCCAUUCGUGUAACUCAGAGUUUGAUCCUCGGUGUGGAGAUCCCUUUGAUUCCUUCAGCAUUGGACAAGUUAAUUGCAGUUAUCUGAAUCCCCUUGAACACAUGCCAGGCGUCGAGCCAGUUUUGUGCAGGAAAACAACACAAAAAGUUUAUGGCAAAAUUCGAGUUGUUCGAGGAUGUGGCUACAUCACUGAUCCACGUGACGAUAAGGAAUGCGUCAAGCGUAGCGGAACGCACGACGUAUUCGCAUGGUAUUGUGCUUGCACAACAGAUUUAUGCAACACAGCAUCCUCCUUAAUAACUUUCAAUAAAGUAAUUAGCGUAAUAAUGUUAUUGAUUUUAUCGAUACUUUACCCAAAACUAUUAUAAUUUGAUUAAAAAUCAUCAAAUUUAUUUAAAAAAAUUUCUAUAGAUUAAAAAAAAAACAUAAAAUACAAAAAAAAUCAAUUCACGACGAAAAAAAAAUAAUUAAAUAAAAAUGUGAUCGGAUCAGAGAAAAAGCUAAUGUAUCACUCUUUCACGCAAAAAAUUAUAUAUAAUUAUAACAAUGUUGAAAUUUUUAUCAAUAAAAUUGUUUUCAUCAUAAUAAAUAGAAAUAAUUAAUAAAAAUAUAUAAA